UAACAAGUCACGUACCCAAAUAACUCAUAUAUGGCAAAAAUGUUUAGCCCUUCUCAUUUCAACACUUCACACCCUCUUCCAAUUUACUCACUAAAAUCAUCAUCAACUUCUUCAUCUUCAACUCUUACCUCUACAAAGAUCAAAAACCUAAUUCACACUCUCAUAGUUUCUAGCAUGUGCCGUAUUAUUCGUGCACUAUCCAAAGUCAAAUCAUCUUUAGUAGAGAUUCUUAAGGACAAUAAACCCAAUAUUCAUCUCCCUUACUCUUCACAUAAAAAACAUUCUAGCAAGACAAAAAAGAUCAUUAUGGGAUCAUUUAGGCUUCACUAUAAUUGGGCUUCUUCAAGAUCUUCUUCACAUGUUGUUAUGCCGGUGCCAUCUCGAGUUUUCGAAGGGUUGCCGAAAGCCGUUACUUUAAGUGAACAUGCUAAGAGUCAUGACAAUGGUGAGGAUUGUUGUCAUGAUUCUGAACUUGCUAGUUAUCUUCAGUGGCUUGAGGAGAAUGAUGAUAUUGAGGGUGAUGGUUAUAAAGGGAGUGAAAAGGAGGGGGAGAGUAUUAAGGAUGUUGAUAUGUUGGCAGAAAUGUUCAUUGCAAAUUGUCAUGAGAAGUUUAAGGUUGAAAAGGAGGAAUCUUAUAGAAGGUAUCAGGAAAUGUUGGUUAGGAGUUUGUAAUAAGAAGACACGGUUAGAAAAGAAAAAAGAAAAAAAUUGAAAACAUUUAGAGAUGGAAUUAAAGAUGCAUGUCUCAGCAUAACUCAAUUAACAAUGACAUGCAUUAUUAUAUGUAGGGGAUACAUUUUUUCAUGUAUAAUUCUCGAUCUCUAGCUAUUUCUACUUCUUAGUAGUAAUGUUGAAAAUGUUAGUUAUUUUUACAAAUUAGAAUUUAAGUCACUUGUUAAUUACCAUUGGGUAUAGGUUAUUGUAAAUAUCCUUUGGAUGUAUCUAUAUUAUGUAAUUAAGGUUUGGUUUAUGACCAUCUAAGAA